AUGGAGAACGAGAACCCAGCGACCGCCGCCGCAAUUCUCCCGGAAGAAAUCAUCACCGAGAUCCUCCUCCGGCUGCCGGUCAAAUUACUCCUCAGGUUCAAGUGCGUCUCCAAACCAUGGCUUCUCCUCAUCUCAAGCCCUAAAUUCGCCAAAACCCACCUUAAAACCUCGACGGCCCAAAAUUCCGGCGUUUCACCUUGCGAAAACCUCAUCUUUGGCCGCAGAACCGACAACGACCGCAUCCUUUACACUUGCCCCAUCAACCCCGCCAUCGAUGGCUCAGUCUUGUCCGACCCACUCACCGGCUGCCUUUAUUCCGUCAACGACAAUCAAGAUCCGAUCCCCUUCGACGCCGCCCCCUUAAACUGCCCUCCUAUUGCCCCUGGUAUCGAGUUGAGCUUGAUCGGAUCUUGUAACGGUCUUGUUUGCAUUCGUUUGUCCACUCCCACAGAUUGCAGCAUCUGCAUAAUGAAUCCAGCCACGAGAAAAUUGAAAAUCCUGCCGGAGUCGUACGCGCCAGCUAUUUACUUGUUGUACUUCAACAAUUCGUAUUCCUUUGGGUAUGAUGAGGUCCACGGCGAUUGCAAGGUGAUCGAGAUUCACAGUUUCGCGAUACGCUCCGACACGCAUGAGACCCACGCCAUGAUUUACAGCUCGAGGGCCAACUCGUGGAAGCCCCUGACCUGGCCGGGCGGGGGCACUGGCUUCCGGUCAGGAAAGUUCCUGAACGGGUCCAUCCACUGGCAGGUUGUAGUGUCUGCCUCUAAACGGGAUAUUGUCUCACUCAACCUCGCGACCGAGACAUUCACUCGGUUGCCUAUGCCUGAAGAUUUUGGUAAAUGUGCUGGUUUUGAUGUAUUAGAGGUUGAGGUUUUUGGUGGUUGCCUGGCCACUUGUUGUGUAAAUCGUGCGGGCAUUGUUGUGUGGGUGAUGAAGGAAUACGGUGUGGGGGAAUCUUGGACUAAAGUGGUUGAGGUGCCUUUUGCGGUUGACCCUUUGGAGCAUGGGUUCAUAUUGCCGAGGCCUGUGUUUGUGUCGGAGGAUGAUAAGACGAUGUUGAUUAAUUACGGAUCGAGUUUGAAGUUGUAUGAUUCAGGCAACAUGGGACCCCAUCACUUUGACACGUUCGUGGGGAUUGGUGCUACAACCUAUGUGGAAAGCCUGUGUUGGCUUAAUGUGGAUGAAGACGACCAAGGUGUGUGA